AUGGCGACCGUUCUCCUUGCCGAAUACCUCUUUACACGCCUUCGCCAGCUGGGCGUUGGCUCCGUCCAUGGGGAUCCGGGCGACUACAACCUCGAUUUACUCGACUACGUUGCGCCAGCUGGGCUGUGCUGGGUGGGCAAUGUUAAUGAGCUGAAUGCUGGGUAUGCUGCGGACGGCUUUGCGCGUAUCAAAGGCAUAGGGGCUUUGAUUACCACGUUUGGGGUUGGUGAGCUCUCUGCGAUCAACGCCAUUGCGGGAGCGUAUGCUGAGCAUGGCGAAAGCAGAGCUCUUGGUAUCGUUGAAGAUGUGCAGGCCCUUAUCAAGUCUACAAAUUGGCCCUCCCGGAUGACACCUUACGGCAAAGGUCUUUUCGAUGAGACUUUGUCAAACUUCCACGGCGUCUACAAAGGAAAAAUUGAUGACCCAGCGCCUCAAGAACUUUUCGAUCAGGCGGAUCUGAUUAUGUGUUUGGGGCCGCAUUGGAGCUCUAGCAACACCUACGAGUAUUCCACUAUACCCAAAGCCGAUGCCAAUGUUGCUCCACGGGAACCUAUCACCCACGAUAAGCUCUGGCGCAUUUUCUCAGAAUACCUCCUACCGGACGACAUUAUCCUUGAGGGAACUGGCACUGCAGGCCACGGCAUUCGGGAACUGCUGCUUCCGCCUCUUACUCGACUCUUCGGACCUGCCACCUGGCUCUCAAUCGAGUACAUGCUUCCUGCGGCACAAGGUGCAGCACUGGCACAGCGAGAGCUGCAGCAAGAACGCAGCCGUGAUAAUGUGCUCAAGCAGGAGACCAAGAGCGGCCGCACCAUUCUGUUCAUUGGCGAUGACAGCUUCCAGAUGACAGCACAAGAGCUAUCCACGAUAAUCCGCCACGAUCUCAAUGUAGUCGUGUUCCUCAUCAACAACAAUGGCUAUACGAUCGAGCGGUGCAUACAUGGACUGCACGAGCGGUACAAUGCUAUUGCGCGCUGGCGUUAUCUACGCGCGCCCAGCUUCUUUGGAGUUGAGGACGAUGCUUUCACUACGUCGGUGGGAACUUGGGAAGAGCUUGACGAGGCUUUGAACGAUGAGAGGCUGAUGGAUGGCAAAGGUUUGAGGAUGGUGGAGCUGUGCCUAGAUCGUGAGGAUGUUCCGAGGGGACCCUUGGUUGCAUGUCUUGAGCGAGAGAGACGGCAGAUCGAGGGCGUCAUGCCACGGAGAGGGAUUUAG